AUGUCAGACCCAUUCGAUGACGAUGAUCUGUUCGACAACCCCGAGACUCUCGGACUCCUAGAAGCAGUGGAAGAACGAGCAAUCCAAGCCUCCCAAAAACCAUCUACCAAGCCUAGAUUCUCUCAACCCAUCAGACAUGUCCUAGCCAAACCGAAAAAUUCACCCAGCAGCUCAUCUUCCUCGAGUAAUAACAGCAGACUGAGGAAGGAACCUAGACCUAUCAAUACCGAACCUGGAAUAAGGGGAGGGACGGGAUUCGGAUGGGAAGAAGGUGGCAAGAGGUCAUUCGAUAUUGAUAGACAUAUCGGUAAUGUCAAGAGAAGAGAAUCGUACUGGAAUGGAUCUGGUCGUAAAGGGGAAGAAGAGGAUGAUGAGAGUAUACCAAUUGAUGUGAUAAUGGAUGGUUCUGGGAAAUAUGAAUUGAUCAAUAACAAUAGGAGUAACAGUACAGGUAGUGGGGAUGAGGCGAUCAUAACGGAUAAAAGAAGAGCCCAGCCUUCCAUGUUAGGUGAAAGUUUAGGGCUGAAUGGUUCUGGUAAUGGAUCUAGUGGAAUAUCCAUGCAAAAGAGAAAACAAUCGGAAGAUGCUAUCCAAGCUAGAAGGAAGGCUAUGGCAGCUGCAGCCUCAAGUGUUUCUUCUGAACCUUUCAGUAACAGACAACCGAUGUCUAGAUCCAACUCUACCUCAACAACAAAUAUAAUUACCUCGCGACUGAAUAACAACCAUCAAGUCCAACAUCAACAGCAAACCAACCAAGAUCAGAAAUUCAAUAUCAACAGAUCAUUAUCUCGAUCCGUAUCUGCUGGUGCACAGAUAUUCAACAGAUCGAAUGCCAAUGCCAUAGCUGGACCAUCAAGACUACCUACCAUCCCUUCCGAACCAUCAUCCCAAUCACGUAACGGGUCUAGCGAAAAUGGCGAUUCGAGAGAAAUGUCGGCUCCGCCCAUGUCCCAAGGGUCUGCUGCUCGAGCAGCUGCGAUAGAGCUCGAGGUGGAAAGAAGGAAAAGACAAGAGUUGGAAGCUGAAUUAGCAGCUUUACGUACGCAAGCGCAAGCACAAGCUCAAACUCAGGCUAGCAGAUCUCAGCGUCCUCCUCAUCAAGAUGAAGGACAAAGUGGUGUAGAUGUUAGAGAGAAGAUUAAAGAGCUACAAAGUCAGGUAUGGGCGGCGAAAGGUGAAGCUGAGAUGGUACGUCGAGCUCAGAAAGAGGAACAUCAACGUCAUCUGGCUGAAUUGGAGAAACUCAAAUUGACUAUUCAAGAUAAAGAUGUUCAGAUUAAAGAGAAAGAGAAUCAAGCUAAGAAACAAAUGGAAAAUAUCAAACAUCAAGCUGUAUUUUCUAAUCAUGCUGCUCAUAAUUCAGCGAUGAAAGUUCGACAACAACAAUCUCAAAGGUUUGCUGGAGGUUCACAAUCGCAAUAUCGAGGAUUGCCUACACCUGUCAAACUUGGUUCCCCAAGUAGAAGGCGGAGUCAACCAGUAGAAGAGGAGAUGACCCCGCUGAUCAAAUCUGUUAAAGGGAAAGGAAAAGCGCCAACGUCUGGACCUACUUUCGGAGGAUUCAAUAAUGCCUUUGCAGCUACCCCGACUGUUGGUCCUAGAGCCAAAAGGCAGAAAACGGCCGAUCUCAGUCCACAAGCCUCGCCUACUCGUGGUCCUUCCCCUUCGCCUUUUCGAGCUUCCCCAGCUAGGAGUCAGAGAAAGUCGUCUCCUGUGAUAGGUGAAGAAGAAGUUGAUGAUGGUAUAGAUUGGGGUCCAGGGAUAGAACGGGCAGAUGAGGGAAUGAUGAUAGAUGGAGAGGCAAAAGAAGAAGAAGAGACGAAGGAUGAGAAAGCCGAGCUCCUAUAUCAUUUACUGAACCAUGCUUCCAUAUCGGCAUUCCAAUAUACACUUGGCUUGACCAUUGAACCUACCAUAUAUCGAUUGAUGAACUAUCGUCCGCCAAUCGAUAUAGAGGGUCACGAGACAUAUACUCAACGAUGUUCGGAGUUACUCAAAGUCUGUGGAGAUCCCGAGAUGACAUUUGAAGAGAUGUUGGAAAUGGUCAUCAACUGUUUGAGCGAUAUGUUAAGCUUUGGGUCAAAGGUCAUCUCGGAUGUGGAUCAGGUGACCCUGACUGAUAUCGCGGUCUACUGUAAUAUUCUUAUUCUGCUCACCAGUACAACCUUUCUUUUCCCAGCGGUUACACGUGCAUUGUCUUCAACGAAUAUUACAGACAAUCUCAAAUCGACGGUACAUUCGAUAUAUUCAGAUACUGCCAAGCUGGAUACGUUCAAAGCACGUAUCGAUACCGAUCUUGGGACAGAAGGUGGAGCGAAGAAAGCAGACAGAGACAAUUGGUUCUUGGAAUUGGCAGAUAAGAUAGCAGGAUUAGCAGAAGCUAUUUGCUUUACGUCCGAAACUUCCAUUUGGAAAGGUGAUGAAUUGGUAGAUAUCAUACUAGGGUUGAUGGCAAAUCACAAUGGUCCGUAUGUGGUGAAAAGAGGAAUAGAAGUGUUUUAUGUUGCUUCUCGUCAAUCGUGUCAUUUCAGAAGUUUAAUCACUGCUUCGGACAAGUAUCAACCUGGAUCACCUAACGAAUCACCCUUGGUUGAUAGAUUAUCGAGGUAUCUCAUUUCGGCUGGUGAAUCUGAGUCACUGCAAACGAGUCUAUUGAUUGUCCGAGGAUUAUGCAUGUUAUCAAUCUCUCACCCUGACGCCGUGAUCAUAAUGGGUCAAAAAUCCAUAUUGGUACCUGCUUUGGUGAUCGUCCUACAAAGAGAGAGUAAUAAGCUUUAUGGGAUUUUUGGAGUAUUGCAAUCAUACAAAGAUGCGUUAUCAUUACUUCUUCCAACUUUGUCAUUACUGCAUCAACUAGUUUUCCCUGCUCCAGUCUCAGCAGCCAAUCAUCAAUCGAUAGAGUCCCAAACUCAAUCCCUCAGUCAACAGCAAAGACAAGAAAGUGAUAUCUCACCGAUAGGUAUAAAUCUAUCGGAUCGACUGUUCACUGCUGCUCAGACGAGGGAGUUUAACGGCCUUCAACAUAUGUUUGUAAGUGCCAUGGGAGCUAUGGCUUAUUCCCAGAUUGAUGAGGAGGUGGUUGAAGAAGUUGAUCAGAGGGGUAUACAAUAUCUAAGUGGCGAUUUACUAGAAAACGUAGUGGAAGGUCCAGAAGGAGAUGCGAUUUAUGAAUUGUACGUUCCGUUAGAUGAUGAAGAGGAUCAACAACGACAAGAUCAAGAUCUAGAUCUAGAUCCUGAAGUAGAUCCCGAUGUGGAUGUGGACGUGCCUAUGGAUGUUGAUCAUGAUGAUGAUGGGGAAGAUGAGCAUGAGCAUGAGAAGGAGACAAGGCACUAUGAGAAGGGAAGUAGAAAAGGGAGAGUUGACAGUGAGGAUGUUACGGAGAUAAUCGAAAUUCUCGACGACGAUUAA